GAAAUAUCCGUUCAGAAACAGAGGCCAUGUUGGUAGGUCGGCGGUGACCGAUGAGUUAGCCGGCUAAGUUUGGAAUUUCAAAGAAUCAUUGAAAUGUGGAGAGCAACAACACACGUACGAUCUGGAAUACGAUGUGUUGGAUUAAGACCUGGAUUGCGCAGAUUGAGCACCAAGCCACCUGCAUCAGGCAAGGAGACAAAAAGUGCUAGUCAAAAACCAAAGGCCAAUGUUCCGCCACCAGCAGAACCACCACCACGGCCAAGUCGUGUUCCUAAGUUACUGGGUGGACUGGUUUUGUUGAGUGGAGCUGGAGCAGGACUCUACUGGUAUGACCCGUCCAUUCUUGAUUGGGUGAAGGAACAGCUUAACUUGACAUCUGCUCCUAGCACUGAAAAGGUUCCAGCAGAGAUAUGGCCACCACCUUUAGCAAAGAAGAAACCUAUAGACGCACCGCCAUCACAGCAGCAAGAAAUAAAGACUCCUGCUCCAGAAAUUACAGGCAAACCAAAUGACACAGAUCUAGCUGAAAAAAGGAAAAAGGAACAAGAAGAAAAAGAUAAAAAGAAAUUAGAGAAAGAGCAGAAAAUGGAAGCCAAGAAAAAAUCAGCAGAAGAAGAAAGGAAGAAACAUGAAGAAAAGAAGAAACAGGAAGAACGAAUGAAAGACGAAGAAAUAAAGAAACGUGAAGAAGAAAAGAAACAAGCUGAAAGGACCGCACACAACUCAGCAUUGUUAAAGAAUUUGGAUGGGCCAUUGGAAGAUGUUAACAAGAUAGUGACAGAGGCCUUAGAAACCCAAAGUCAGGUGCUGGAGAAGAUCAAGGCACACACACAAAGUCUGAAGAGAGCGUUGGAUGACAAUUCUCCGAUUGAGGAUAAGGAUGGUCAGUGGCAGAGUGUGGUGGAGGCCUCCCAAGCAUGGAAGCAAAUAGCUAGUGUGUCUGACAGUGUCGUCAACAAAGCCAGGGAGGAGCUAGGAAGACUGAAUUCUGUGAUUCAAGAAGUGAAAGAGAAUGCUGAUGUGAAGGCUAACAAAGUAGUCACAGCAGCCGAAGACCGCCUUAGUAAACUUACAAGUCAGAUGGACCUCAUGGUAGAAACGAUAAAGAAGAGUGAAUCCGAGUAUAAAACAACUGAACAGUUUACUGAACUCAUUGAGAAGGGAAAGAUGCAAUUUCAGAGAGAAUUACAAAGUUUGAUGCCGGAUAAAAAACUGGGCGCAGGAAAAGGUCAGACCCUCAGCGAGGAGGAGCUGAACUUGCUAAUUGGACACGCACAUGGACGGAUAGAACAGUUGCAGCUCCAGCUGGCUGAGCAGAUCGCCAUGGAGAAGCAGCGGCUCCAGGCCGCAAUAGAUUACCAGAAACGUGAGGAUGACCAUGUAGCUAAUCUCAGUAUGAAUAACGCUUUGGAGAAACUACAGCAGCAGUUUGCAAUGGAAAAGGAAAACUGGGCCACUGAGGCACAUGAAGAUUAUGAGAAGGAACUUAGACACAUGUUAGCAAUGCAGGCUUCUGCACAUGUUGACAAUUUAGGAAAUAAGUUGGCGAUGCAAGAGCUUGAACUCGCUGAACGAUUUGAUGCCCAACUCCAGGACAAAAUUUUAGAGGAACGUUUGGGCUAUAAAACACAAAUCGCUGGUUGCCAGGCUAGGUUAGGGGGUAUUGAGGCGGCAGUGGAAGUCCAGGCAGAGAAAGGGAAGGCAGGACAGCAGGCCAAAAAGUUGUGGCUUGCAUGUCUGGCCCUCAACGGUCUUAUCCGUGUGGGUAACAAAUCUGGCGAGUCUUGGGAGGAACAGGUUGCGCCCCUUGAAGGAAAGGUGGUUGCCAUUGCUGAAGCAUCAGGUCACCACCCAUUUGUUGCCACUAUAAUAAACACCAUUCCCGAGGCUGCGUUGACUCGUGGUGUCUGGACAGAAGAUAACCUGAAUGCCAGGUUUAGAGAUGUGAGUAGGAAGUGUAGGAGAGUCGCUCUCGUCAAUGAGUCGAGAAGCUCGCUCUUCACCUUCUUCCUGUCCUACGUCCAAUCGUUUUUUGUCUUUUCGAAUGUGAAUCUUAAAAUGGAGGAAACCACUGUUGAUCCAAAGGACUUGGAUACAUUUUCUAUAGUAGAUCAUGCACAGUUUUGGCUAAAGCAAGGAAACUUGGAACUAGCUGUACGCUUUAUGAAUCAGUUGGAAGGUUUGCCACGAGCUCUGGCAUCUGAUUGGAUAAGGGAAGGUAAGCUCCUGAUGGAAACUAAACAAGCUGCACAAAGCAUUACAACCUUUGCAUCUGCCACAGGUCUAGGAGCUCUGUUUUAAUACUAUGCAUUUAGGAUUGUUCAAAUGAAAAAAUAUAUACAUGUGGGUUUCGCUGCAAGAACUUGUUGGUGUUUUCCCAGAAGGAUUUUGUAAUGUGCUGUACUGGCUCCGGUAUCAUGUGGUCAAGUGCUUUGAUGAAAGAUGAAUGUUUGUAUCUAUUUUAACAUACAAUGAAUCUUUUUAAGAUGAAAAAUAAUUGUCCUUGAACUUUUUCCUUAUGAUGCAUUACUUUCUUCAAAGGUUAAUUGAGAAUGUUACAGGGAUCUGUAAGUUUGCCCACAGAUAGAAGCGUUAUUCUGUGAACAUAGUGAAUAAAAACUAAAAUGUAUGACAUUUAUAUCUGUAGUUCUUACAUCUUUAUUAAUUGUACAACAGAUAUUAUUAAAAUAUAAAUACA